ACGCCGCUCAGCCACGACCUGGCUGACGAUCCAGUGGCAGGACAGCUGGAGGCAGUGAACCUUACCCAACCCCACUAUCGACGACACAGACGUAACAGCUUCCCGGACGCCCUCCCAACCACACCUCACCUCACCUCUCCCCCAAUCGACAGAAGCUCCAAUUUCGACAGCCUGCAGCUUCUGCUCUCACAAUGGCAGCCGAGGCCCCCAUCGGUGGCUGACGCAAGGUCCACAGUCCUCGACGGAGGAACAGGUUUCCUCAAGGUCGGCUACGCAGCACAGAACUUCCCAGAAUUCCAAUACCCAUCCAUCGUUGGCCGACCGAUCCUGAGAACCGAAGAAAAGGGCGAGGACAAUGACCUGGUUAUCAAGGAUAUCAUGUGCGGUGACGAAGCCGCUGCCGCCCGGACGAUGCUCCAGAUCAGCUACCCCAUGGAGAACGGUAUCGUCAAGAAAUGGGAUGACAUGCAGCAUCUCUGGGACUACACCUUCUUUGAGAAGAUGAAGGUCGACCCGCGCGGCCGCAAGAUCUUGUUGACCGAACCCCCGAUGAACCCGCUGCGGAACCGUGAGCAGAUGUGCGAGGUCAUGUUUGACCGCUAUGGAUUCGGCGGCGUCUAUGUUGCGAUCCAGGCCGUGCUGGCCCUUUACGCCCAAGGUCUCAGUUCCGGUGUCGUCGUCGACUCGGGAGACGGCGUGACCCACAUCGUGCCCGUUUACGAGUCGGUCGUCCUGAACCACCUUACUCGCAGAUUGGAUGUCGCGGGCCGAGAUGUCACGCGCAACCUCAUUGCGCUCCUCCUGCGCCGCGGCUACGCGCUCAACCGAACGGCCGAUUUCGAGACUGUCCGCCAGAUCAAGGAGAAGCUCUGCUACGUCUCGUACGACUUGGAACUGGACAAGCGCCUGAGCGAGGACACAACGGUGUUGGUGGAGAGCUACACGCUGCCCGACGGUCGCGUGAUCAGAGUGGGCAGCGAGCGGUUCGAGGCGCCCGAGUGCCUGUUCCAGCCUCACUUGGUGGACUGCGAGCAGCCCGGUAUUGCCGAGUUCCUGUUCAACACGAUCCAGGCGGCGGAUGUUGACGUGAGAUCAUCGCUGUUCAAGGCCAUUGUGCUGUCGGGUGGCAGCAGCAUGUACCCGGGUCUCCCAUCACGUCUGGAGAAAGAGUUGAAGCAGCUGUGGCUGACGCGGGUGCUUGGCGGCAACCCGGAGAGAUUAAACAAGUUCAAGGUCCGGAUAGAAGACCCACCCCGCCGGAGACACAUGGUGUUCCUCGGUGGUGCAGUGCUGGCCAACAUUAUGGCGGACAAGGAAGGCAUGUGGGUGACCAAGGAGGAGUGGGAUGAACAGGGACCGCGUGUGCUCGAGAAGCUUGGCCCGCGAUAG